AACGGAAUCGGUGGAUAUAAGAACAUAUACAGUUAGCAGAGAGAGGGAACCAUAUAUGAGUACAGGAGUCAGGACAGUAAUCUUUGAUGCACGGAAGCUGUGUUCAGUGAUUACCUUGUGGCUCCAGUGACAUUUCUGGUCGAAGAGAUAUGUAUCAUAGUGUAUGAUAAAACCUAACCCGAACAAGCCCUGAUGUAUCUACCAGACAUUUGCUGCUCCAUCGUAGUCAACCAUUGUAAAAUCCUUCCAAGAUAGAUUGGACAGAAACUUCUUUACCAUCUUUGCUAAAGUCAUUUUUCAUCAACAUUGUGUUAACACACAUCUGAAUGCACCAGACCAGUAAACUGCGAAAAACUUCUGCUCAGUUUGGAAAUGGACGUGAAGAAAACCCAGGAAUACAUAACUGAAACAAGAAGCUUUUCAUUUUUCUUCAUAACUAUAGUUCAGUGAAACCUGCAGAUCAGCGUUGAAAUGUCCCUGCUGAGGAUCACACACCUCCCUUCUGGGAGGCUGCUGAGCGCCAUCCUCCACCACCAGAGGCUUCUCCCCUCCAUCAUUCCUCUCACUGUGCCAAAAAGGGCUGUGAUCCAGGGUGAAUACAAACGGCCCGGCCAGCCCAGAAAGGCCAAGUUUCCCUGGAAAAAGAUUAACUUUAACUUCUCAAAAGGUUUGGAGGGAAUAAAGAAGCAUUUCACACUCCUGAAAAAGGAGUUUACUGACCGCUGGGUUGGCCCUGAGGGUAAACCGAUUGUUGAGCACAUGCUGGAGCAGAACAGAGCUGUAUGGGAGUUCAGAGGUCCAGAGAGCCUGGGGGAGUGGACGGUGUCCUCUGAUCGUGAGAUUGGAGGCCAUAGUGAAGCUUACCUGAAGCUUGGAAGGAACAAUAAUACCUGUUUUCUGUAUGGGACACUGAGCUCUACUCCCCCACGAGAUGGAGAAACACGCUACAGUGGAUACUGCACUAUGCGCUCAAAACAGCCUCUGGCUUCCUUUGAUAGAAAAAAACACCAUGAUUGGAGCAGUUUUAACACUCUGCAUUUACGUGUACGUGGUGAUGGUCGCCCAUGGAUGAUUAACAUCUCAGCAGAAACAUACUUCUCUCACCAGAAGGAUGACAUAUACUGUUAUUUCCUAUAUACCAGAGGAGGGCCCUACUGGCAGGAUGUUAAGAUUCCUUUCUCCAAGUUCUUCCUUACACAUCGAGGGAGGAUACAAGAUGACCAGCAUCCUGUCUGGCUGGACAAGGUUAACACCAUUGGGUUUACUUUGGGAGACAAAGCUGAUGGCCCAUUCCAGCUUGAAAUUGAUUUCAUUGGUGUCUGUAAAGAUUAUGCACACACAGAGGAGUUUGCCUACGAAGCAUACAAGAGGAACCCAGAAGUCUAAGAACUGUUAAUGCUGCAAUCAGACUGUUGGGACAAAUUUGAACUUAUAUUGACACCAUUUCUGUAAUGUCAUUACAGAAUUCAAACUAUUAAUAUUUAAUGACUCAUGCAGAUUGUUUAUUAUUAAAUGAUGUAUUAAAUACCACAGGAGAACAAAUAAAAAAAGAGACAAGCUCUUGGGUUAAUAACUCUUUUAUAUGAAUGCCUCAAUUCUAGCAAAAGUAAUAAAGCAAAUGAAAUUUUUAAUUACAAGCUUCAAAAUGCAGCAAAACAGGAAAGACUUCAAUCACAUCAAAAUAUUAUUUUAAAAAAGGGAUUAGAGUUGGAGGUAACUGUUUAAAAGAAAUGCACAAUUUGAACCUCAAAGACGCUAGAAAGUAUAUUUAAGCUUCUACUACUUUUCUACAAGGGGCUACAAGAUGCUGCUGAAACUGAAGCUGCAGACAAUGAAAUAUUUACACUUCAACAGGCUGUACAAACGGCCACGAGCAGGCGCAAUAUUUUUAUGCCAUGACAA